AUGAUACUGGGACUCGGACGACCGUCUUUCAGGCCACGACCGUCUCUGCUCGGCCUCGUCUCUGCUGCGUCGACGUCUUCUGCUGCUGCUGCUGCUGCUGCUGGUGCUAUUGAUGGCGAUGGUGAUGCCUGCAGCGCCCUAAAGCAGCACCAAGAUCCAACUCCACCGCGCAGCUUCAACUUCGUCUUCACCACCAACAACAACAACGUCAACAACAACGUCGACGACACCACCAGCAGCAACAACAACAACUGCAGGUACAGCAAGGACGACGAGAGAGAGGAACUCGACGAGAGCGAGGACAGCCACAGCGUCGACGGCUCCGAGACAGAGAGCACAUCGUCAUCGUCUACUGCACCGAUUGAAACGAGGUCGCCGCCAGCCAUGGCACCCAAGGACUCGAAGGAGGAGGCCGGGGAUGAGCAGAAGGGAGUCGUCUUCUCCAUCUCCGGCCCUGUCAUCGUGGCAGAGAACAUGAUAGGAUGUGCCAUGUACGAGAUGGUCGGUUGCUCCUUUGACCCCCUGCCCUUUGGCGGGUUGUUUACAGGAUGGAUUGCUGAUUAUGAUGAUGCCUGCAGUGCCAUGUUGGAGUCGACAAAGUCGUUGGAGAAGUCAUCAGAAUCUCAGGAGACCAGGCCACCAUCCAGGUCUACGAGGAGACAGCCGCUAUCCGUCGAGCUGGGCCCCGGUCUGAUGGAAACCAUCUAUGACGGAAUUCAGCGUCCUCUCAAGUCCAUCUCUGAGGUCUCCAACAGCAUCUACAUUCCCCGUGGUGUGGCCCUGCCCGCUCUCGACCGCAAGAAAAAAUGGGCCUUCAAGCCCGCCGGUCUCAAGGUUGGUGACCACAUCACUGGUGGUGACGUCUGGGGUACCGUCUUCGAGAACAGUCUGCUUUACGACCACAAGAUUCUCCUACCUCCAAGAGCCCGAGGAACCAUCACACGUAUCUCUGGGCCCGGUGACUUUACCGUCGAGGAGAAGCUGCUAGAAGUCGAGUUCAAUGGCAAGAAGACCGAAUACAGCAUGAUGCACGUAUGGCCCGUUCGUGUUCCUCGCCCGGUCAACGAGAAGCUCGCCUCCGAUUCUCCCUUCAUCGUCGGCCAGCGAGUCUUGGAUUCUCUGUUCCCUGGUGUCCAGGGCGGUACUAUCUGCAUCCCCGGUGCCUUCGGCUGUGGAAAGACCGUCAUCAGUCAGAGUGUGUCCAAAUUCUCCAACAGUGACAUUAUCGUCUACGUCGGCUGUGGUGAGCGCGGUAACGAGAUGGCGGAAGUCUUGAUGGAUUUCCCAGAGCUUACAAUCACCAUUGAAGGACGCAAAGAGCCCAUCAUGAAGCGUACCUGUUUGAUUGCCAACACCUCCAAUAUGCCUGUGGCUGCCCGUGAGGCCUCCAUCUACACCGGUAUCACCAUCGCAGAGUACUUCCGAGACCAAGGCAAGAAUGUUGCUAUGAUGGCAGACUCCAGUUCUCGUUGGGCUGAGGCUCUCCGUGAAAUUUCCGGUCGUCUAGGAGAGAUGCCUGCUGAUCAGGGUUUCCCCGCCUAUCUCGGUGCCAAACUUGCUUCUUUCUACGAGCGUGCGGGUCAGACCACUGCCUUGGGCAGCCCCGAGCGAAAAGGAAGUGUCAGCAUCGUCGGUGCCGUUAGUCCACCUGGUGGUGACUUUGCUGAUCCCGUCACCACAAGUACACUCAACAUUGUCCAAGUCUUCUGGGGUCUCGACAAGAAGCUCGCCCAAAGAAAACACUUCCCGUCCAUCAACACUUCCAUAUCCUACAGUAAAUACACAAGCAUUCUUGACAAGUACUACGCCAAGGAGCACCCCGAGUUCCCCCGACUACGUGACAAGAUCAAGGAGCUGCUCAGUAACUCCGAAGAACUGGACCAGGUCGUGCAGCUCGUUGGAAAGUCUGCUCUCGGAGAUGCCGACAAGAUCACGCUGGACGUGGCCACCCUGCUCAAGGAAGAUUUCCUUCAGCAGAACGGGUACUCUGACUACGACCAGUUCUGCCCCCUUUGGAAGACAGAGUACAUGAUGAAGGCCUUCGUUUCCUACUACGAGGAGAGUCAGAAGGCUAUUGCCCAGGGUCAAAGCUGGGCUAAGGUCCGAGAAGCCACCAGCGCCAUCCAGACUGCCCUCCGAAACAUGAAAUUCGAGGUCCCUGAUGACGAGAAAGAAGUCACCGCUAAGUACGAUAAAAUCCUCCAAGACAUGUCUGAAAAGUUCGCCUCGGACCAAGGUGAACCAGCAAAGCCAUUUAUCAUAAUAAUCUAUCCUGCCCGUCGGUCAUCAUCAUUAUCAUUAUCAUCACCCCCCUCGUCUAUCAAUAUCAAGUCAAUAAAUACACAAGCUGCGUGUGACGAGGGUCAGCUGCACGUGAACAGGCCCAAAAACUCUCCAAAACAUCGAACUUGUUCAAAACGCCCAAAAUACACCAGACAGGAGAAUAUACCUAGCCCAACCACAACCAACCCUUGCCCAACCACGACAUCUUCACCAAGACAGCUUCUUUGGUCCUGCUCUUCCUCUUCGCCGGUGCCUCCUUCAGCUCGACUGUACAUUAUAUCGCCAGACCAUGGCGGCCCAAGCUGGCUAUUCGUAAGUACUCUUCUCCGUCUCCUGCCCAAGCACACCAAACCCACGAUCGGCCAUGUUGCUAAUGCAGGAAACUCGCCUGGGUGUAGGAUAAGCGUCAACGACCCUAGUCUGAUCUCUCUCGUCAAUAAGUUGCAAGAUGUCUUCACGACCGUUGGAGCACAAAACCCGAUAGAUUUACCACAGAUAGUCGUCGUUGGAUCGCAAUCCAGCGGAAAGAGUUCCGUCUUAGAGAACAUAGUGGGAAGAGACUUUUUACCACGAGGGUCUGGCAUUGUCACUCGACGACCGCUUGUCCUCCAGCUUAUCAACAAGCCCCGCUCCGAAAAACAAUCGAACGGUGUCAAGGAAGAAGACAAGCUAGAUACUACCGACAGCGAGGCAAACAUCGAUGAAUAUGGCGAGUUUCUUCACAUUCCAGGCCAGAAGUUCCAUGAUUUCAACAAGAUCAGAGAAGAAAUCGUCCGUGAGACAGAUGCGAAGACCGGUCGCAAUGCCGGAAUCUCCCCCGCGCCUAUCAACCUGCGAAUCUAUUCUCCCAACGUCCUCACUCUCACACUGGUCGAUCUGCCCGGUUUGACCAAGGUGCCCGUCGGAGACCAGCCAAAGGACAUCGAGAAGCAGAUAAGAGAGAUGGUGCUGAAGCAAAUCAGCAAGUCGAAUGCGAUUAUUCUUGCCGUCACGGCUGCGAACCAGGAUCUGGCCAACUCCGAUGGUUUGAAGCUUGCUCGAGAAGUUGAUCCAGAAGGACAGAGGACGAUUGGUGUUUUGACCAAGGUCGACCUUAUGGAUGCUGGAACUGACGUGGUGGAUAUUCUCGCUGGCAGAGUUAUUCCACUACGCCUUGGAUAUGUACCGGUUGUCAACAGAGGACAGCGAGAUAUUGAGAAUAAGCGCACAAUCUCGUAUGCUCUUGAGCAUGAGAAGAACUUCUUUGAAAACAAUGCCACAUAUUCUUCUAAAUCUGCCUACUGCGGAACACCAUACCUUGCAAGAAAGCUCAAUGUGAUACUUAUGAUGCACAUUAAACAAACCCUUCCCGAUAUCAAAGCCCGCAUUGCAUCAUCGCUGCAGAAGUACAGCGCCGAAUUGAACCAGCUUGGUGACUCGAUGCUUGGAAACAGUGCCAACAUCAUUCUCAACAUUAUCACAGAAUUCAGCAACGAGUACCGAACUAUCCUGGAUGGUAACAACCAGGAACUUUCAUCUGUUGAGCUCUCCGGUGGUGCACGUGUUAGCUUCGUUUUCCACGAACUAUACUCCAACGGUGUCAAGGCCAUUGAUCCCUUCGAUAUGGUGAAGGACAUGGAUAUCAGAACAAUGCUGUACAACUCGUCCGGUCCUUCACCUGCCUUGUUCGUCGGAACAGGCGCGUUCGAGUCUAUCGUUAAGCAACAAAUUAAGCGACUCGAAGAGCCUAGUUUGAAAUGCGUUUCUCUUGUCUAUGACGAACUUGUCAGAAUCCUUGCUCAGCUCCUGAACAAACAGCCUUUCAGAAGGUAUCCACAGCUAAAGGAAAGAUUCCAUGGAGUCGUAAUAUCAUUUUUCAAGAAAGUCAUGGAGCCAACGAAUAAGCUUGUCAAGGACCUCGUUGCCAUGGAAGCUUGCUAUAUCAACACUGGCCAUCCUGAUUUUAUCACUGGACACAGGGCUAUGGCAAUCAUUAACGAACGACAAAAUGCAUCGAAACCAACGCAGGUUGACCCAAAGACCGGAAAGCCCCUACCACCCUCGGCCACUAUGCCGCAACGAUCUGCUAGUCCCAGUCUCGACCUUGGUGACUCCAGCCCAGGCUUCUUCGGCAGUUUCUUUUCCUCGAAGAACAGCAAGAAGAAGAUGGCUGCUAUGGAGGCCCCUCCUCCAAUCUUGAAGGCUUCCGGAACCCUAUCAGAGCGAGAAAACACCGAGGUUGAGGUUAUAAAACUCCUAAUUAACUCGUACUACAACAUUGUCAAGCGAACCAUGAUUGACAUGGUGCCCAAAGCUAUUAUGCUCACCCUUGUCCAGUUCACCAAGGAUGAAAUGCAAAGAGAGCUCCUAGGGAAUCUCUACAGGGCAGAAGAACCGGAUGACCUCCUUCGCGAAAGUGAAUUCACUGUCCGUCGCCGCAAGGAAUGCCAGAGAAUGGUAGAAAGUCUCACCAAGGCCAGUGAAAUUGUCGCCCAGGUCCAAUAG